AUGACCUCGCACCAAGAAGGCAGAUUGAAGGCCAUUGUGGCAAGUUUCCCGCCGCCCAAUGAAGGCUUCGAAGGUCCAAGCUCCAUGCCGGGUCCAGUACUUGUACACCAGCCGGCUGCGAGUUGGGGGAGCUUGGGCCACCCCGGGCUUUGCCACCGCCCUUGUGUGUACUUACUGAAGGGGAGCGUGUGUCGGCAAGGUGUUUCGUGCCAGUUCUGCCACCACGGCCAGCACUCUCCCAUUCCGAAGUUGGACCAGGAACAGAGGGCUCGAGUACAAAGUCUGAGCGAAGAGGACUUGGUUUCCCUGCUGAUCCCACACAUCCGGGAGCAGGGGCGAGCGGCUGGGCUACUUGAGCAGGUCGAAGACUUCAUCUGCAUGCUCGACAAGAAGUUUUUUCCAGACAGGGAGCACAACAACGACAACAUCCGAAUGAUACCUCGCAAAGAGUUGUACCGGCUCAAGAAGAAAUUGCGUGGUAUGAAUCUGACGGCAUUGGUGACUCUCUUGCCGGGAGAGGGGUUAUCCAAAAGCUUCCAGGAGCUUCGGCUUUCAGCUGCAGG